AUGGAUGAGAGUGCAUCAAUGAGUAGCAUUUCUUCAGAUCAGUUGUUUUCUUCAUUAAAUGGUGCUGAUGAAAUGAAUAGCAAGCUGCCUUCAGAUACAGUUCCUUCAACAAGUCUGCCUUCAGAUACAGUUCCUUCAAAAAAUCUGCCUUCAGAUACAGUUCCUUUGGUUUUACUGCCUUCAGAACAAGCAAGUGAAAUACAGACUUCAGGAACUCCAGAGCCAUUGAAUAUCAUAAAACCAUUUGAUACUGUAAGGUCAUCUGGAUCACAUGUUACUCAUUCUUCUUCUGAAUCUACUCUUGGGCAGACGAAUUUGACUAUGCCUUUUAAAUGUACUACGCCAAAAUGUGUGCGACUAGUCUACAGAAAUUGCAAAUGUUUCAUGUGUUAUAGAGAGCUUGGCAAACCGUGCAUUGUUGAAGGAUGUCCAUUCUUUGGUAGUCCUGACUAUGAAGGUAAAUGUAGUAAGUGCUGCAACGAAAAUAAUGCCUCUGUUUUCUCCUCAAUGCUACAACUUCCAUCAGCAUUAGCAAACAUUACUAACAACAUCCAUGUUACUGAGAAGAAAUGUUCCACACCAAAUUGUAGUUUCUAUGGUGAUCCAGAAAAGAUGGGCCUUUGUACUUUUUGUUUUAAUAAGCGGUUACAAGCAAUGUUGAAUCCAGGCAGACCUUCGGAAUUGCCCGUAUCAGGAGGACUGCCAAGUUCCACCCAGACACAAAGCAUGCCUUUUGAUUCAAAUUCUUCUGUGUUUAAUUGGAGGCCACAAUUUACUGCUUCAACUACAGAUGCUACUGUUGCAGGAGCAUCCUGUGUGUCCAGCUACACAACUGACACUUUGCCUCCAAGUGAGACACGUUUCACCCAAAUUGUGAAUCAACCAGCAUCAGCACCUGUAUUUAGUGUUCCUCCUGCAGUGCUGUCGGCAUUUAGGAACAUGGAUGAGAGAGCAUCAGUGAGUAGCAUUUCUUCAGAUCAGUUGUUUUCUUCAUUAAAUGGUGCUGAUGAAAUGAUUAGCAAGCUGCCUUCAGAUACAGUUACUUCAACAAGUCUGCCUUCAGAAACAGUUCCUUCAACAAAUCUGCCUUCAGAUACAGUUCUUUCAACAAAUCUGCCUUCAGAACCAGUUCCUUCAACAAAUCUGCCUUCAGAACCAGUUCCUUCAACAAAUCUGCCUUCAGAACCAGUUCCUUCAACAAAUCUGCCUUCAGAACAAACAAAUGAAGUGAAGCUUUCAGGAACACAAGGGUCAGUGAAUACCAUGAAGCCAACUGAUAAUGUUAGGUCACCAGACACAGUGAAGUCACCAAGCACAGAGAAGCCAUCAGAUACGUUGAAAUCACCAGACAAAGUAAAGCUGUCAGUUGUCAGUAAAACAUUUUCCAGAUUAGAAGCAGAUGAUGUUAUUUGUCUGUGGACUAAACCGAUGAUGACUGUAGGGCCAAUACAUCCAAUUCUACAGCACUUUAGACCUUCCGGAGACACCAGUCAUGUUUUGGGACCAUGGACAGAUUUCAAGAACGUGCUGCAGUGUGGUAGAGUGAAGGAGACCACUGCAGGGGGACUGAACGCCAAGCGAAUGUUACACUGUCUGUGUUCGAACCCAUCACCUGAAGGCCUGUUUGAGAGUCUCAAGAAGACGAUUGAUGUUGCCAGGCAAUCGUCUGUGGUCAUUCUGCCUUUCUGUGUUUGUGAUGUGAUGUAUAACAAUCCUCGUCCGUUCGUCAGUGCUUGUCUCAAACUGGUGUGGGACUUGCAGAAACAGUCCCAGCCCCAGUUCCAGUCCCAGUCGUUGAAGAAGGUCAUUAUUGCUGUUGGCAACGAGGAGACUGAGGAUCUGUUGAAAGGAAUUAUCGACGAAAAGAACAAAUUGAAGAGACUGUCGGGUUUUGGGAAUCAGAAAGGCGUUUGCAAGUCUUGCAAUAGAAAAUCAGUAGCAAAGCUGGGAACUUUGUCAAGAAAUUGCGAUGAGGAUUGUCGCUGGUUUUGUGUCGAUUGUCUCAAACGAUCACAUGAAAUACCUCUUUUGUGUACGCUACAUGGACCUUGUCUAUCUCCCAUUGGUCACGAGAAUACCUUUGCCUUGUUGAUUGCUGGUCAGGAUGACAAGAGAGAGAGUGCGACAAUAUUCAUCAGGGAUACAAACUCUAUUGCUGAGGCCCUCAAAGAUUCAGAUAUCAUUGGAAUAAGAAAUGAAAAUCUUAAAGUGAUAACAAUACCACAACCAGGAGAUGUUGAUGAGAAGAUGAAGGACAAAGUGAUAGAAGCAUUCCAGGCCCUUCGUAUCCGAAUGCAGGGAAAAGAGCACACAUUCUUCAUUCUGUACUUCUCUGGCCACAACAGUCAGAAAUCCCUUCGCCUCGGUGGUCGCCUCAACCGAAUCAGUCCCAAGGAGCUGAGGAAAGAGUUACGGGCCUUGGAUGCCGAUAAUAUUCUCAUCAUUCUGGACUGUUGUUACAGUGCUGGGGCUGAACUGUCCACUUACGAUGACGAGGAUUUUACUACGUCCAUUGGACAUGUCGAACGCACGGAUAGCGGAAGUUUUGUCCUGGUGCCUAAGCUGUGGAAUUUGCGCAGUAAAGAUGAUGAUGAUGAUGAUGAUGAUGAUGAUGAUGAUGAUAGGUGCUGCUGAAG